GCGACAGCUGGAGAAGCGAGACGAGGGGCAGCGGGAUAAGGGAGACGACGAGCCAUUCGGAAAUAACCUCUCGCUUUCUCUUUCUUUGAAUUUGUACUUCACUCAAAUCUGGAACUGUGCGUAAAGAGCAAUGAACUUUGCGAUGGCAACGCACUCCUUUUGGACGUGUUUGAUUGCAACUGCAGGUCUACUCUGGGGUGUGACAAUACCAGUGAGUUGUAAUGAGGAGUCUAAGCUGAUUGGGGACCUGUUCAGAGGCUACAACAAGAACAUCCGUCCAGCGGCGCACCCCACUGACAAGGUGGAGGUGCAGGUCAAGCUGAUCCUCACCAACCUCAUCUCCCUGAACGAAAAGGAAGAGACUCUCACGACUAAUGUCUGGAUUGAGAUUCAAUGGAAUGAUAUUCGCCUGGCCUGGAACACCUCUGAGUAUUUUGGCAUCGAGGUUAUCCGUGUGCCUUACAACACAGUGUGGCUUCCUGACAUUGUCCUUGAGAACAACAUUGAUGGCAAGUUUGACGUGGCCUACUAUGCCAAUGUGUUAAUCUACUCCAGUGGCUACAUGUACUGGCUGCCUCCAGCUAUCUACCGCAGCACAUGUGCCAUAGAAAUCACCUACUUCCCCUUUGACUACCAGAACUGCACUUUAGUCUUUAGGUCCCAGACAUACAGUGCAAAUGAGUUGGAAAUCAUGCUGGCUGUUGACACGGAGACUGAACAGCCCAUUGAGUGGGUGGACAUUGAUCCUGAGGCCUUCACUGAGAAUGGUGAGUGGGCCAUAAAGCACCGGCCAGCCAGGAAGCUGAUCAACUCACGCUACACUCCUGAUGACCUGGAGUACCAGGAGAUCUCCUUCAACCUGGUCAUCCAGAGGAAACCUCUGUUCUACAUCAUCAACAUCAUUCUGCCCUGCUCACUUAUCUCCUCCCUGGUCGUACUGGCCUACUUCUUACCUGCACAGGCUGGGGGACAGAAGUUGACUGUGUCCAUCUCUGUCCUGCUGGCUCAGACUGUCUUCCUCUUUCUUAUUGCUCAGAAGGUCCCUGAGACAUCUCUCAAUGUCCCUCUCAUUGGCAAGUACCUGAUCUUUGUCAUGUCUGUGACAACGCUCAUCGCCACCAACCAAAUCGUGGUGCUCAACAUCUCCCUCCGCAGUCCCAAUACCCACACCAUGUCUCACACUAUCAAACACGUCUUCCUGGAGCUUGUCCCUCGAUUCCUGGGUAUGGACCCUCUGGUGGAUGAUGGAGAGGCAGAGGCGGAGGUGAAUGGAGUGAGGGAGCGACGGCGUAGCUCUUUCGGCCUGAUGCAGAGAGCGGAGGAGUAUGUGCUAAAACAACCACGCAGCGAGAUGAUGUUUGACAAGCAGAGAGAGAGGCAUGGCCUCACACGAUCCUUUGUGGAUGGUAUUGAUGUGAGCACCACAGCCAGCCUGUACAAGAGCCUCGCCCAAGCUGCUCCUGAGAUCAAGGAAUGUGUGGAUGCUUGCAACUUUAUCACUGAGAGCACAAAGCAAGCAAAUGACAUUGGAUCAGAAAUGGAAAGCUGGGUAUUGAUUGGGAAGAUGAUUGACAAGGUUUGUUUCUGGGUGGCCAUGGCUCUCUUCUCCAUCGGAACGGUUGCCAUCUUCCUCACGGGACAUUUCAACUCCGUCCCAGAUUUUCCAUUCCCUGGGGAAAACAAACGAUACCUCCCCAGUUAGGAGGGCAAGGCAAGGCAAGCC